GCUGAGGCGAAGGAGGAGCGGGCGCGAGGCGAGGCCGAGGCGGCGGGGCUCGAGCGUCUGCGCCUGCGCGCUGCCCGGAGGCCGGUGAGCAUCCGGUGGCCGCUCGCUCGCUCCGCAGCCAUCAUGUUCGUUCUUGUGGAGAUGGUGGACACGGUGCGGAUUCCCCCCUGGCAGUUUGAAAGGAAACUCAAUGAUUCCAUUGUGGAGGAGCUCAACAAGAAACUGGCUAACAAGGUCGUGUACAAUGUCGGUCUCUGCAUCUGUCUGUAUGACAUCACUAAGCUGGAGGAUGCCUACAUAUUCCCUGGGGAUGGCGCAUCCCAUACCAAAGUCCACUUCAGGUACGUGGUGUUCCAUCCUUUCUUGGAUGAGAUUCUGAUUGGCGAGAUUAAAGGCUGCAGUCCAGAGGGCGUUCACGUGUCCCUAGGGUUCUUCGAUGACAUCCUCAUCCCCCCUGAGUCUCUCCAGCAACCUGCCAAGUUUGAUGAGGCGGAGCAGGUGUGGGUGUGGGAAUAUGAAACAGAAGAAGGCGCCCAUGACCUGUACAUGGACACGGGGGAGGAAAUCCGCUUCCGGGUGGUGGACGAGAACUUCGUCGACACGUCCCCAACGGGCCCCAGUUCAGCGGAGGCCUCCACGUCCAGCGAGGAUCCCCCCAAGAAGGAGGCACCUUACACCCUUGUGGGAUCCAUCAGUGAGCCAGGCCUGGGGCUCCUGUCUUGGUGGACCAGCAGUUAGCAGCCGUGAGGAGCCGGACCUGCAUCCUGAGCCGGGCUAGUUGGACACCGGGAUCCCAGAAGGCCUGCGCUUCGCAGUGACGGCGCUGAGUGACGACGCUGUGCGUUCCGGCCACCAGCGGCGCAGCCUUUGACUCCUGGGGUCAAGUGAGCCAGUAAACGCGCCGGCAGGGCCUCGGGCCACAGACGGUCUUCCCCUCUCCCUUCGACCCCUUCCAAGAGACAACCGUGCCCGUCAGCGACGCACUCGCCUCCCCAAAGCAGCUGCGGAGGAUGCAAACAGCUUGGCUUCCUCCCGCGGAGGCCCGGGGCAGUGUGGGGAGCACUCCACAUAGGAGCACUUUAGUCCUAGAGGAGAAGUGGGUGUUCUUAAUAAAAAAAAAAGUUCAGAGUAA